AUGGCGUUGGAAGGAGUGACGGUGGUCUUCGAAGCGCCAGAAGCACCAGUCGAGAGCAUGGAUGAAUCGAGCCCACCAGAGAUGCUCCAGGAAAGCCGAUCGGCGUCCUUCGAGACUCUUUACGGCCAGGUCGCAGAACUCUUGCACAAGUUGCAGGCAGCGCACCUGCAGGAAAUCGGUCGUGCGGGUGCACCUAAUGGCCCUGGUGGCCCUGGUGGCCCUGGUGGCCCCGGCCGGAAGAGGAAUCUGAAGCCGAAAGGAACCAGAAAGAUGAAGCUGGCCGCUGCGCCACUGAGCGAGAGGGAAGAGGAAGUUAAGGAGAAUCAGGACGUGAUCAAAGUUCCAGAGCAUUUGCACAUAGGUCGGCCCUCGCAUGAUCCCAUUAGCUUGGAGAAGCUGCACAACAUGGCGCAGGAAGCCAACCAUGAGCCGGACAGCGCCAGAGCCAGCACACUGUCCAGAAUGUAUUCGAUGGUUUCUGAGAAGAUCAGCCCCAUCUACAAGAAGGCCAAGUCGCUGGUUGGAAUAGAGGAGGACAAGUCGCUGGUUGGAAUACCGGAGCAGAAGGAGGCACCAAAGACGAAUGCCGAUUCGCAGGAGCCGAAGAAGCCCAAGACCUGGCGCGAAGACCUGGGCGACUUCGUCAACGGCUUCGGCUUUAAGGCCGCGUGUUCAAUUGUGAUCAUCGCCAAUUCUGUACACUUGGCCAUACUCUCCGAUGAUCAGAUUGUGAGUUCCUAUAACGCAGCACUGCACGGAGGGCAGGAAGCGGAGGACGUCCACUUCUUGGACUACUUCUUUGCCUCCUGGUUCGCGGUGGAGAUCCUGUUGAGGAUCAUCCCCAGGGGAGCUGUGGACUUCUAUUCCGGCAAGGGCUGGCAAUGGAACUGCUUCGACACAGCCAUUGCGCUGGAAGCCGUUCUGGGCCUCGUUGGACGUCUUGCGGGCGCCCAAAUCUGGCAACUUCGAGUGCUAGGCAUUUUCCGCUUGGCGCGUUUGGUGAAGCAUAUGAAGAAGGUCAAGGUGUUGCGAAAGCUACGAAAGACGCUCCUAGCUUUGGUGGCCUCCCUGGUGGAUCUCUUCUGGGCCUUCCUUGUGGUGGUUCUCUUUUUGUACGUCUAUAGUAUCUUUCUCUCCACUGCCACGGUGCACUAUUUCGAUAACUUGAACCGUACCGGUGCCACUGUUUUGGCGGGCGAUGAACUUGUAGAAGUGCAGAAAGUCCAGGAUUAUUAUGGCUCGAUCAUUUCAACCAUGUUGUCCCUGUGGUCUGCCAUCAGUGGUGGAAACGAUUGGAUGGAAUAUGCCGAGACCCUCCGCACUAUGGGGGGCACCUUCUACUUCGCCUCUUUCAUCGCGUUCAUUGCCUUCUGCACCAUCGGGCUGUUCAAUGUUGUCACGGGUAUCUUCGUGGAUAGCGCCGUGGAGGCUGCGGCCAUGUUCCGCAGCGAUGCCGAGAUGAUCGCGGAUCAUCAAGAGCAGAAAGCCUCGGAAGAUGAAGAACUCAAUGAGCUGGUGGGCCUUCUGGGCAAGGAUGCGGGAAAAUAUGUGACAUCCGAAGAGCUUGACGAGCACCUGAAGGGCCCCACUGCACAGGCAUUUUGGCACACGAAGAUGCAGCUGAACCCUCAUCAGGUAAAGGAUAUGCACAUUUUGUACUCGCGGUUGAAGCCCAAGACGACAGGAAAGGAAGGCGUCAGAGUGGAAGACUUCCUUCACUUCACCAGGAGAUGUAAGGGUCAAGCCUCGUACGUUGACCUACUGACGCUGAUGCAUGACCAGACCAGGCUUGGAAAGUUCAUCCACAGGGAGUUCGAGGAGAUGAAGAAACUGCACCAGGAUCUGAGAUCGGGAAUCGCCCUGGCGAUUCCUCCCAUGCCACCCCCCACGGCGCCACCACCCGCGCCGCCGUAG